AUUUCUCGCCGGUCAGCACGCAAGGAGCACCGAUUACUAACCGCAGAGGGUUUUUGAUAUCUUUAUCGAAUGAAAACGCAGUGACCAUCCUCCAGUACAAUGGAAGAAACCGGUCCUCGGUCCUUGCAGCGCUCGGAGCCGGGCCCCAGGGCCUCCGCCAAGCCCGCGCGCACCCACGCACCUGAUGACCUCAUACAUCGAGGGUAGCUGGUCACCCUCGACAACGCAACAUCUGUGUGUGAGGAAGCAAGAAACCGCCUCUCGACCAGCGUCGUCGGCGCCUCGUCUCCGGGACGAGAGAGAGAGAGAGAACUGGCGCUGAAGAACGAGCGAGAGCGCAUCUGAGAAGGAGAACGGAGUAGAAGGGGAAAGGCGGGAAGAAAUGUCCCCUUGUACACUGGUUCUCUCCUGCUCCCUGUUCCUCCUCCAAGUGACGGCCGCCCAGCAACUGUUCGCUCACCAUGGGAGGAGGGUGUGCGGCCGAGACGUUCCUCAACGCGUCGUCAUGGCAACCGAAUCCCACAUCCAGCCCGUGCACAAGCCUUACAUCACGCUGUGUCCAGGCCAACGGGUCUGCAGCACGUACAAGACGGUGUACCGGGUGGCGUACCGCCAGGUGAGCAGAAUGGCAGCUUCCUCCCCCCGCCCCUCCACCCACCGCACCACCCAUCGCUCCACCCACCGCUCCUCCUACCCGGACUGCUGCCCCGGCUGGCAACGGUUCCACUCUCACAACUGCAACCGAGCAGUGUGUGAGCAGGGCUGUGUGAACGGGGGCAGCUGCACCAGACCGGACCACUGUGCGUGUCCUCCAGGCUGGACGGGACACAGGUGCCUUACAGACGUGGACGAGUGCUCCCAGCAGCCCCCCUGCCCCCAGGAGUGUGUGAACACAGCAGGGAGCUUCCGCUGCGCGUGCCGCCGCGGCUUCGCGCUGGGGGGCGGCGGCCACACCUGCCAAAGCCUCCCGUCUCCCCCUACCGCCGCCCCCCCCACGACUACCACCACCGCCUCUCCCACCCGGACCGCACUCAGCGAUGCCCCUCCCCCUUCUGAGGAGUCAGGUGGAAAGUUUGAGCUGGCGGAGAACACAACAGAGGAAGUGCAGAGCCUUAAGAAUAGAGUGGAGAUGCUAGAGAAGAAGUUGCAGUUGGUCCUCACCCCCUUCCAGAGCCUGUUCCCCCUGUCCCUCGACGAGGGCCCCCCGGACCGGACCACCCUGCUGACACACUCCUUCAGGCAGCUGGACCGCAUCGAGUCACUCAGCGAGCAAAUCGGCUUCUUGGAGGAGCGCCUCGGCACCUGUUCCUGCAAUGAAAACUAGCAGGGAAAGAUGGUGACAUUGAAGAACUGACACUACAACCUUCAUGACACAAAAACGCAUUUGAAAUACAUUUUACACCCUUAUAUGUGUGGUUGUGUAAAAAGAAUAGCAAGAAAACUACCAAACACCUCAUAAGUCAUCUGUGAUGUUUACAAUUAUCAGUGACUCAAAAUGUAUUUGCAGUUGUACUGAUGAAAUAUGUUCAAUUAUAUUAUGAAAUUAUGAUACCAAUGUUCUGAGUUUGACUUUCUAAAAAGUAAUAGUAUUCAAAGGUUAUAUUGGAUUUACAUCACUGAUAAGAUAAGAUUAACAAUCAGAUAAACAGGGAUCCUAAAACUACCCUUCCCUUCCAACGUGUCAACGCAACAUUUUGCAAUCGUAGCUGCACAAAGAUAUAUUUAUGCAAUUACACAAUCCCUGUGACAUGUGAAUGAGACAAUCACAGGACAAGGGUCGGAAUAGACGCUUUAGCAAAGAGGUCAAGUUUAGGAAACCUUUUACAUCUAUAUUUAUCUAUUUAAAUUAUUGUUACUUUUAUACUUGUGUAUUUAGUAGUGCAGGCUUGUGUUUUGUGACAUUUCCUAAUAAAAUGUUCGAACCGAAA